AUGCUGUCAACGAGCACUGCACGUGCGGAUCGAUCUCGUCGGACAUCUUCGUGCCUAGUGCAACUACCCGACUACCCGGCCACUCCAUCUCCUGCCUCUGCAACUGCUUCCAUCGUCACCCCUGAACCAACCCCCACGACUGUGACGACGACUCUCACUUCUCAAACCGCCGAGACCGCUGAGAAUAUCCUAAAAGCCCACACCACCAGUAAUGUGGACUCAAUCCAAACCUCUCCUCACUGCGAUCGCACCUUUACCUCACACGCUGACCUACUUAGUCACUUGCAAAUCCAGAUCGCCGAGACUGGCACGCCAGGAGCCUUCUGA